CGGGGCCGGGGCCGGUCCCGCCAUGGAGGAGCCGGGCUGCGGGGCGCAGUUCCGCGCCGCCGUGCAGGUGAUCCAGGGGCUGCCGCGGAGCGGUGCGUACCGGCCCUCCUACGAGGAGAUGCUGCGCUUCUACAGCUACUACAAGCAGGCGACGGCGGGGCGCUGCCAGGGCCCGCGGCCCGGCUUCUGGGACCCCAUCGGCCGCUACAAGUGGGACGCCUGGCACAGCCUGGGCACGAUGUCCAAGGAGGAGGCGAUGGCCGCGUACGUGGCGGAGAUGAAGAAGGUGGCCCAGAAGGUCAUUGACACCGUGCCCAUGGACGAGACCACGGAGGAGAUGUUCCGCUACUUCGAGCCGCUCUACGAGGUGAUCCACGACAUGCCCCGGCCCCCCGAGUCCUUCUUCAAGAGCAAAGGGGAGAGCCAGGGGUGUCCGGAUGGGCCCAGCCAGGAUGUCCCAGCGAGCAGCCCGGCUCUGGAGAGCCCCAGGGACACCGUGCCUGGGGAGCAGCAGGACGGGCAGCACACGCCAGGAGCUGGGCUGGCUCCUGCCCCCGAGGCGCUCGAGGGGAGCCAGGUGACGAGUGACUCAGAGGGGGACACGUUCUGUGACACCCUGCAGCAGAUGGAGCCUGAGAAGGCCGGGCAGGUGCGGGGGCUCACCCCAAACAGGGUCCAGGCUGGGGCUGAGCCCCCAGUGCCCCACAGUGCUGGGCAGGGCCAACGGGAUGAAGGCAGAAGAGUCAAGGGGAGCAGCAGCACCGACCUCACAGCCCUGGGCUCCGAGAGAGAUGUCUGGCUGGCCGGGGGGGCCCUCGGGCUCACCCCGGGGCUGGCGGCAGAGCUGGAGGCCCAUGUAGCCAGCACGGUGCAGGCGCUGCAGGAGGAGCUGUGGCGAGUGCAGGAGCGGCUGAGCCGGCUGGAGACGCUCGGCACUGCCCAGGGGGACGCAGCUGGGACAGACCCCGGCCUGCCAUUUGUUCCACAGGCGAUGUCCCCGUGGCGCCUGACCGUGUCCCCACGCACGCUGCUCUUCCUGGCCACCUGGCCCUUCGUCACCCAGUGGCUGCUGCGCCACUGGCAAGGCAGGAAGAGGUGACCACCACGUCCCCGCUGCCACCGCCACCGCUCCUUCCCCAACCCGCUUUGCACGAGCCGGGGAAGCGCCACGGAGCCACGCGGGAAUCGCUUCACCAGCCACGGGCUCUGCAGGCCGGGCCCGCCCGGCCGGGGACACCCCCGGGCACCGGCACCGACACUCGGGGCCAGCAGCGGCACCGGGAGCGGGGAUGGGCUCGCCCCGGGCGGCCACCCCGGCACUGCCACGCACAGACGGACCAGGAGCAGCUGCGGCCCCGCAGGGACAGCCACGGGCCCGGCCACUGGGGCCACGGGGUGCGGGUACAUC